AUGGUUUUCCUACGUCUCACGGUCAAGGUCUACCCCCGCGAACAGACCCAGUCCUCUUCGUCAUUUUCGAUCCGCUCAUUCCUGGGUGACCGUGACCGUGAUGCUUCGAGUCAGAACUCUGGAUCGACAGCGGGGAAGCCGGCUUCCUUCCUGUUGGUCCUGGAGAACCCCGAGGAGGUAACGAUGGGUGGAUUGGCGGGCAUGAUCCGGGAGAAAUGGGCGAAGCUGCGGCCGAACGCUGAGCCCCUGGAGAUCAAGAAACUUGUCGACGACGAGCACGACUCCGACGAUCUCGAUGCCGAGUUGACCGUCGCCGAUGUGUUUGUGGAUAAUGGCCGGGCCCGCACCGAUGGCGCCGACCAGCGCGGUACAGUUCGUGUGAUUCAGAAACCAGCGCCCUAUGCGCCUGUCCGGUUCCCCUCCGUCUCGCAGGACUGGGAUGCCGCGGCGCAGGAUUUUGAGCGCCAGAUCAAGAUCAAGAAGGAGGCGGUGCAGGCGAAUUUGCGCAAGAUCCCUACUAUCGCCGAGGAGUCUCAGUCGUUUUCAGAACGCGAUACACCAAGUGCCCAGGUAAACGGGGGUCCUACGCCUGCAGCUACCGCGGACGAUCGCGAGCGUCGCAGGGAGGUGCCGGUUUCCUCCGUGGAGCAAGAGGAGAUCCCCAUGUCGCCUCCGCGGUGGGGCGAGUCGCCUGUCCAUGAGAACGAUUCGCAGGAACCCCAGGGUGGAGCUGUUGCGGCUACACCACAACACAAGCGCAUGGAGAGUCAGGAGCUGGGGGAGUCGCCUUCACCGGAACGGCAAUGGACCCCGACGCCCAAGACGCAGACAUCCCCCGCGAAACGCGGCUCCGUCUCAAAGCAGGUGCCUGCCACUCGGUCGAUAUCACAGUUUGUCGCGGAACCGGACUUUCCCUCGUCGAAUCGAACGGAGCGUGAGCGCAUUGGAUCGGAAUCACCCUUGAGUCCGAGACAAGCACCGUCUCGGCCAGAACGCGAGGUGGAUGAGGAGGAGGAAGUGGAAACAGACAUCUCUCAGCCGGAACGCGAGUCGGAUGAGGAGGAGGAAGAAGAAGCUGAUGAUUUGGACAAUGAUGGAGAUGUGGCGAUGAAUGACGGCGAUGUUGCGGCGGCGGAGGAAGUACCUGCUGAGGCCGAAGCUGAGGAGACGGAUGAGCCGGUGGUGAAUGGGAGCAAAGAGAGUUCCUCUAAGGGGGAGAUGCCCGCGGUUCGACAACGCAAGAGAAAGAAGAGCUUGGAGGAAGAGCAACCUAACAAGGAGCCUCGUUUGGAGCCCAGAAGCCCUGGAUCGUCGGACAAGGAGAACAACCCAAGCCAGUCGCUGUCCGAGCCACCCGUAAGCAGUCCAUUGGCGCGAAGGCACGAGAGAGCUCCGUCGUUCUCUGGAAUCGGCCGACGGCCAAGUCUUUCUGAGAAACCCGAGUCUGCGAAACCCGGUCUCGGGCUGGGUAUCACAAAGAGCCCCCCUAGCAAAUCGCAGGUGAUGAUCCAGUUGUCCCAGGAGGCGGCCACGUCGAUAUCAGGAACUCCCCUCUUUUCCAGCAAAGCGUCUACGAUCCGCCGUGCGUCGUUGGUGGAAAACGAUGCCACGCCAUCGAAGCAAACUCCUGCUCUGGAUCGAGUGAAGCAAUUACAUUCGGCUUUACGGAAGGAUUCGCCUGCAGACAAGUCGGCACAACGGCGGUCUGUGUCUUUUGCCGAAGGAGAGGACGUGGUCAUUACGGCCUCGACGCUGAUUCCCAAGUCCACUCCGCAGACCAACCCUAAGGGCAAGGGGACACCAGGUUCUGAGCCCGGAAAGAAGUCAUCGACACCGAGCAAGAUGGUGUUCCCUACCGGUGUUCCUCAGGAACGGGUGGAACAGUUGAUGCGAGAAGCGAAUCAGAAAUUCGAGAAGCAUCACAAGGACAAGGAAGAAGUUCAGGAGAUGAUUAGAGCGGCCAAGGAGCAGAAUAAGUAUCCGGCAUACGUGCGCAAUCUGGAAGAGCUCUUGGCCAAAUUGGACCGGGUCCAGAAACUCGAGAAACGCAACCGCUCCAGCGAGAGAGACAGGCUUGAGCGAGCUCGGGCUGAUCUACGGGCGAAGCGGGAAGAAAUUGCCAAAAUGGAGGCAGAUAUGGGUGCUUCUUCGCAGGAUAAGCAACCGAAGGCGGACUCGUCCAAGAUCCACGGAAAUGCAAACACACCCAAGGCGGAUACAGCAUCAAAGGCGAAGGGUGGUGCGAAGAAGUCGACGCCAGCAGCUGAACAGAACGGCUCCGCGAAAAAAGCAGCCGAAGCAAAGAAGGGGACAGAGCCAUCUACUACACCUACGACGGCUGAACGCAAAGGCUCAACUAAGAAGGCAGCAGAGGCCAAGAAGGGACCAGAUUCGACUGCUACUCCUACAGCACCCAAACCCCGCCCCACUGAGGAACCGAAGGGCACUCCGAACGAACCACCAGAGAACUCCGCUGAAGACGCUAAGCUGCCUCCGGUGACGACGAUCCAGCGCGGUGACCUCCCCAACGCCAAGGCCAAUGGCACGAAGAAAUCCCCCGCCUCCGAGCCAGUCGACGUGUCCUCCACCACCUCCUCAUCCUCCGAAGAAUCCUCGGAGCACUCCGAGUCCGAAAACCAGGAUGACGACGAGACCGACGCCGAGGCCGAAACCCAGACCGGCACCGAUAAACCCGCCAAGAGCAAGGCUGACCUCCUCCGCCGCAGCAGCGCAACUCCUUCGUCACAAGGUAACGCGCGGUCCCCCGCACCCUCGCAGUCGGCAUCGCAAUCCUGGGGCCAACCGAUAAACGGAAGUCGCAGCCGUGCCACACUCAAGACACUGCUCGUCGACAAGAAGAAAGAGUCCGCGGAGAAGGCACAGCAAGCGAAGAAGAAGAUCAGCGCCGCGCCGAAACGGCCGCGGAAUAUCUUCUCGCCUCCGUCGGACGACGAUUCCGAUGAGAGCGAGUCAAGCUCGAGCUCCAGCUCCAGUUCGAGUGAGAGUGAGAGCGACAAGGACAGUGGCAGCGAUAACGAGAGCCAUAGCAGUGCGGAUCAUGGGGACAUCAUGUCUAGUGGGACGGUGGGCAAACUGCGAGCUGCGCGAAAGAAGUAA